AUGGAUUCAGCGUUACGUGAACAAGUUAUGAUAAAUCAGUUUGUAUUGGCAGCAGGAUGCGCUCGAGAACAAGCUAAACAGUUACUUCAGGCUGCUCAUUGGCAAUUUGAGACAGCCUUAUCAAUAUUUUUUCAAGAAGUUGCAAUACCUACAGGAGCAAAUGGCAUUGCUGCUCAACAUUAUCACCAGCAAUUAAUAACGCCAUGUAAUACUCCCGCGACACCGCCGAAUUUUCCAGAUGCCUUAGCGGCAUUUUCUCGUCUUUCUACAACAGGCAGCCCGAGCAACGUAGCUGGCGGGGGAGCGAUUGGCAUGGCGCCCCCGGUCUCCCCCCUCGCCACCCACCCGCCUCCACCACAUCAAUCGCAGAUGCAGAUCAACACAUUUCAAAGCCCGCCAAAUCCGCAGCCCAACUACUCACCACUCUCUUGCUCAACUGCUGUAUGCAGAGAACAAAUGCCAAGAUAA